AUGGUCCUUUCAUUCAUUCUGGUCCAGAACCGGCAGGGAAAGACAAGGUUGGCCAAAUGGUAUGCGCCGUACACAGACGAAGAGAAAGUCAAGCUGAAGGGCGAAGUCCAUCGCCUCAUCGCGCCUCGCGACCAAAAAUACCAAUCCAACUUUGUCGAAUUUCGCUCCGCACCCUCUUCGUCUACCUCAACAUCUCACUCUCAACCCCUUGUCCGCCAGAACUUGUCCUCUACGAAGAUCGUCUAUCGGAGGUAUGCCGGACUGUUCUUCUGUGUCUGUGUAGAUGCCAAUGACAACGAACUUGCCUAUCUGGAGGCAAUACACUUCUUCGUCGAAGUCCUCGAUCAGUUUUUCGGCAACGUCUGCGAGUUAGAUCUUGUUUUCAACUUCUACAAAGUCUACGCCAUUCUUGAUGAAGUCUUUCUGGCAGGAGAGGUUGAAGAGACGAGCAAACAAGUCGUCUUGACAAGACUCGAGCAUCUGGAUAAACUGGAGUGA